AUGACUACCGCUCACAGACCUACGUUUGAUCCGGCUCGUGGCAAAGAAGCCCUCCGAGGCCCAGCCUACCAUCAACGUCUUCUACCAGCCCAUACUCAACUGAAGUAUCGUCAGGCUGGUCAAGGUGGUGAUGCCGACGAAAAUCCUACUCGUGACCUCGCUGCCGAGCUUCUCGCCGCUGAAGCCGCCCAUUUCACCAAGAAGAACGGCGCCCCUGCUCUGAUUGACGAUGCCGACGAGGACGACGAGACCAGCGUUUCUGGUGGUGCCAAACGAGCGCUUUCAACCACUGAUGGAGAGGGGGAGGAUCUAGAAGCGAAAAGACGACGGAUAUUAGCAGAGACAAGAGAUAUUGAUGCCGAUGAUGACAGUGAGGAGGACGAGGAGGACAGCGACGACGACGACGAUAGCGAUGAUGACUCUGAUGCGGAACUGCAAAGAGAACUUGAUCGUGUGCGAAAAGAGCGAGAGGAAAGGAAGAAGAAAGAGGAGGCAGAGCGACUCAAAGAAGAACAAGAUGCUCGAGAACGAAACAUUGCUCUCGGAAAUCCUCUCCUGAACAAGCAAGAUUUCAACAUGAAGCGCCGCUGGGACGACGAUGUGGUCUUCAAGAACCAAGCUCGUGGCACAGAGGACAAGGGCAAAAAGAAGGAGUUCGUAAACGAUCUCCUCCGUUCCGACUUCCACAGACGCUUCAUGAGCAAGUACGUUAGAUAA